GACCAAAGUACCUUAUUUUCAUUUAACACCUAUGGACAAUGUGACUUCAGGACGAAAUAACUAUUCUUCAGAUGCGAGAAAUGUAUAUGCAUCACUGGAAUGUGUACAGUCGCUACAUUCCAUCCAAAGUGACUACUCACGUUUUAAGCGUGAAAACCCCGUGAAACGUGUGUUUGACCCAGUUAGCGAACGUUUCUGGACGUAUUACGAAACUGGAGUGCCCGUAUAUCAUCAACAUACUGACGAUGGAAGUAGAGAAUUGCCUACUGUAGUACUUCUUCAUGGAAUAUGUGGAACUGCAGGGUGUUACUUUUACAUUCUUGACCGUUUUAAAGAAGUAGGAAUACGGUGUAUAUCGGCACAGUAUCCGGAGUAUUCCUCCAUUGAUGAAUGGAUCGCAGGACUGCUACACUUUUUUGAAUAUCUCAAGUUGUCCAAACCUGUGGUAUUUGGUAGCGAUUUAGGUGGAUAUCUAUUACAACUUUUCGUUGAAAAAUACCCGGAAAGUGUCUGCUCUAUAGUAUUGUGCAAUUCAUAUCGCAGGACCGAUGCUUUCAGUAGUUCUCCAGAGUUGCGUGGAUUAUAUGGAAGGCUAUUUUCAGUGCUCCCGCAUGCUAUACUGCGAAAUCUUUUCGUCGAUUCUUACAUAUGCCCUGUAAGCAAUAGUCAUCGUAACAAGGUGCCCGUUGUGGAACAGUUGGCUAGGGAAUUCAUGUCUAGUGAACUGGAUCAACUGACAGCAGGUGACCUAGGUAGUCGUAUAUCGUUGCAAUUAUCGACAGAUUAUGUGGAUGAUUUUGGAAAUCGACAUCUUGCAUGCGAUAAGAUUUUAAUUAUUGAGACGAACAAUAAUAAUAUACCCGAAGAUCUCAAUGAGGAUAUGCGCGUAGCAUAUAGUGAAGCUAAAAUAGCUCAUAUGAAAGGUGGUGGAGAUUUUCCAUAUCUAACUAAACCAGAGGAAAUAUUUACAUUCUUAUUGGUACAUCUCAAGAAUCUCGGGGUAGCACAAGUUGUGGACAAUGAUCUAGUUGCUCAUGACAACGCAAUAGUCAUUCGUUUAAAUCAUUUGAAGUCCAAUAACCUGUCAAGGAUGUCAUCAGCCUCAUCACACUGUUCAAUUGUACCAGGACCCCAACCCUGGGAUUACCAAGAUGCAUCAUCUGGAACAUUGUCUGAUGCUUGAACAGUACCAGGGGAAAUAUGAAAUACACAAUAUUUCAUAGAUAUACGAUAUCCACUUUGCCUAGGGUAAUCAUAUAUUGGUGAAAGAUUUUAUGAUCGUAUAAUUAGGACCAACAUUCACCAGUGUAUAUGCAUCGUAAAAUAAAUCAUAUCAUACGUUGUAAUGACACAAUACUGUGGUUUAAAGUGAUAAGUUAUGAUGGCAAUUAAAGGUGUCAAACAUCAAUCGGCUUGCAUCGCGAGUAUUUAUAGGUACUUUGACCUGGAGGGUAGCUUCAUUCUCAGGCGUGAUCGCCAUCGAUUUUGAUGUCUAACCGCAUUUUCGCAGUACUGUGAAACACAACACAUUCCAAAGGGUCUUAAUUCAGAUUUAGAAUGCAUUCUGAGUAUUCUGCGUUGUCGAAGUUCGUUAUCACUUCAUCGAGUGUUGAGAGCUUCAGGGCUAAUUUUGCCCUCCCGUGUUUUAUAAAGCUCUCAUCCUGCAUUAAGGCAAUAAUUCUUUUGUCACAGAGAAUGUCUUCGCAGUCUGGACGCAGAUCAGGGCAUACCUGUGUAAGUGAAAGGAUAAGCAUCUGAAGUUCAGCAGAUCUU